AUGUUUUCUUCAUCGGCCUCUAAGAGCUUGUUUGUCGAGCCCAAUCUUGAUUCCAUCAUUCAUGAUUCAUUUGAACAAUUCGAAAAGUAUGGAUUCUCAUUGAUGGAACAUGGAGAUUAUGAAAUUUUAGAGAAGGAACUCGAAGAUCCCGAAGGAAAUUAUGAGCUCUUGUUUGAAGACAACAAUGCAACUAUUAUCAUGUGGAAGAAAAUGAAUGGCGAAGGUGGAAAAAAUUGUUUAUCUGAAAUGCAUUCCCAUGAUACUGUUCGUCACAAGUACAAAAUGAUUGUGAAUCAUCCAGUUCAAGUAUUUUAUGAUUUAUUGAAAGAUUAUGACAGACGGUAUUUGUGGGAUAAAAGAGAUGGCGGAAGAGAAAUUUUAGCAAUAUUUAAUGUCGAUGGAAAGCCUCAAAAUCAAGUUGUGGAAUAUCUCGUAAAGAAAGGAAACUUAAUUGUAAGCUCUAGAGACUUUGUGACCAUCAAUACUGAAAGAUAUUGUGAAAAAACAAAUUCAUAUUUAAUGAUCGGAAAGUCGGUAAAUGAAUUCCCUAAGGAAUCCCUAAGUUCAUACAUUAGAGGAAAUAUUUUAUAUUUGGGAAUGAAAAUAGCACCAAUUGAUGAUAAGAGUUGUGAAUUUUACUGUGUCACACAAACAAAUAUGAGUGGAUAUAUUCCAAACUUUGUUUAUGAAUGGGCGCUUAAGAGUUUGCCUUCUGAGUUUCAAGCAAUCACCUAUGAGGGGUGCCAGCAAAGAAUUAGAGAGGGAUGUUCAACUUUCACAAAUUACUACAAAUUGGCGAGCAAGUAA